CAAUUGCUGUGCCCCCCGACAGAUUCCAAAUCUUGUGCUAUACUGUCAAAUUGGACCACAGUUACCCCAAGGUUUCUUGGGUGAUCAUUUUUUUUCCUCUUUGUUUCCCAGCUGCCCCAACUGCCCCCAGUGACCUGUUGGCAUCAUGACAGCUCAAGCCAGCUCCUUGUUAGUUCUCUGCCUUAUGAGUUUUCUUCUCCAGCCACAAGAUGCCCAAGACCCAGAAAUGAUUCAAUACAUCUACCGACGCUUUCAGAUCUUAGAGCGAGGGCUGGAAAAAUGUCGCCAAGAUACGAGGGCAUACAUUCAAGAAUUCCAGGACUUCUCGAAGAAGGUCUCUGCAGACAUGGAGAGAUGCCAUCUUUAUAAGACUGAAUAUAAGAAUGAAGUGGAUCACUUGGGGGGAAGAGUUGAAAGAGCCCAACGUGAGAUUGACUACCUAGAAUACAUUAGGACAUCUGAGACUUGUAUUGAAGAGGAUAAGACUAUGAUGGAAAAGCAGAUUAAAAACUCUGAAGAAGAACAAAAAGUCAAGACUCUCCUCAACACAAUCUGUGACAACAUGUUGAUAGGCAUAAAGUCAAUGAAGAUUGCAAAGACAACCAGAGACACUCAUGGUUCUUGGAUGAAAGAUGCCAGCAAUAAUUCUACCAAGAUUUAUUUCUUAAGUGGCUCCAGGAACAACACCGUAUGGGAAUUUGCCAACAUGAAGGCAUUCAUGGAAGGCAAGCCCACCCCCCGGAAGUUUGUUCUGACCUUGUCCUGGCAGGGGACUGGACAAGUGAUCUCUCGAGGCUUCUUGUUCUUCCACAAGCACGACACCCCCAAUGAGAUCAUCAAGUACAACCUCCAGAAGAGGAGCGUGGAGGAUCGGAUGCUGCUCCCAGGGGCCCGCGGCACCCCCGUCUAUCAGCACGCCCCGUGGACUCACGUGGACCUGGCCGUGGAUGAGCAUGGGCUCUGGGCCAUUCACACAGAGUUAGACCACCUGAUCAUCACGAAAAUAGACCCUGAAACAAUGGCCGUGGAGCACAGUUGGAUCUCAUCCUGCAGUGGCAGAGAUGCCGAGGCAGCCUUUCUCGUGUGUGGGGUCCUCUAUGUGGUGUACAGUGGGAGCCGCCAAGGCUCCCACAUCAUCAAUUGUGUCUAUGAUGCCCUGGGGAACAUCAGCAAGCUGGACGUCCCUGCCUUGGUCUUCCCCAAGCGGCAGAGGAUCCACUCUGUGAUCCACUACAACCCCCAGGAGAAACUGCUCUAUGCUUGGAAUGACGGAAGCCAAAUCGUCUACAAGCUCCAGACCCAAAGAAAACAGGCAGGACCAUAA